AUGCGCUUCAAUGUGGAGCAUAACAAUGUUGCCGAGGACUUGCUGCUGCUGAACAGUCGGCCCGACUCCGACGAAGAGGGCGACGAAUCUCUGGAUGAGGCCUUCCUCGAUCUCUGCUGUUGCGUUUCCUCCAAGUAAUCGCCUUUUUCAAAUUUUCUUUUGAUUUAUAGGGAAAGUGGACGGUGAUGCGAAAGAUAAGGCGAAACCAGUUCCGGGUUCGGCUUAAAUCCUAUCUGAAAGCCAAUCAUAAUUUGAAUUCCUCCCCGAUGCCUAGAACAAUGUUUAAUUAAAGUAAUUAGAGAGCGCUUGGCGAGUCAGAUCUAUGUGGAAGCGGCUUUUAGAUUACAAGAGAUCUUUAUCAAUGAUUUUGCAGAUUGAUUUGGGCUUUUCUAGGGGAAGCUGAACUAGAUGACAUCAACGGUCAUAUCAAGUCUAAUAUUCUCUCAAUUCCUGCUGUUCCCGCACUCACAGUUCUGUCAAAAUGGGUUUCGGGAAUCAUGUUUUGAUAUCACUGAAAGGGAAAUGCUGUUUGCCCUUUUAAUUCGAAUAAUUCAAGCAGGAAUUUGAGCUUUUGCGCCAAAAGCCAUUAAUUAUUGGGCCUAAUCAAAGAGAAUCUUAUUUCUCUUUUUUAUUGGCUUUUCCCUAGAAACGUUGACCGUUUCCCCGGAUUUAGUCAUAUUUCCUCCUUUCAUGAGUCGGGUUUCCGCCUACAAUGCGCAUCGCUUCUUUGGAAAUAGCCAGAAUUAAUAAAACUGUUGGAUGAAUAAUAUUCAGAUACGUUUGCGCACGAUUUUAUUUCUGUUUUCAGAGAUGACUCCUGUUGUAAUGUGAUUUUUUGCUCUCAUCUGGGCCGGUUUUGUCUGAUUAUGGCGGCAUUUCUCUUCGUUUGUCUCCUUGUUUUUGGUAAGUUACUAUAAGUUUUUAUCAGUUCUUUAUCAGUGUUCCCAAUCAAUGGUCAGAAACAGUCGACAGACGUUGUUAUUCCCAGAAACAUACAGAAUCGGUAAGAAUAUUUUAUUUUGUCUUUAUUUUUAUGUUACACUUGAUCAAAAAUUUUUAUUUCAGAGGCGAAAGGAUAAUCGCGUCGUUAUGUCAAAACUAUAAAAAUAAAAAGUUGAGUGGGGAUCUCUGUUCGACGAUUUGCAAUGCAAAAAAUUGGACACUGACGGAUUUUCAACAAGGGGCCAACAAAAGGGUGUUGAAAUUGGCUGUAGGCUCACAGAAUCUGGUAUUAAAAGCGACAAAGGAUUUCUUUGAUGAUUACACACUCCUCGAUCCCGGAAUUAAUGAAGAAGAUCUUGUUAAAACAGUAAGAUUUUAAAUAUUCUUUUCUAAUUUUAGGUAUACAAAAAUCGUAUAAUAUAUAAUAUUUAUCUGUUACCGUAUUCUUUGUGUUUUAGGUAGUAGAGCUUGUAAAUGCGAGAAUCGGAUUCGAAUGGCCAUAUAAUUAUCGAAACCAUCUUAUGAAACAUCUUUGGUCGACUUAUAAUCAACGGAAAACUGAACCUCAACUUUCCGAAGCGGACAAAAAUAGCCUGUGGGCACUGUUAGAUCAAGAUGAAUUUAUUACUUUCAAACUACUUCCAUUGUCUCGAGUUACAACCAAAGUCCAAGGAAGUUGCGGUCAUUUUUAUUCGGUAGAUUCUCUUUUGCCUUUCAAAAUGAAAGGCUAUUACAUGGGACUGAAGGCCAAGAUCUUAGUCCAUUUGAUGGGUACUCUCAAACUGUUCUACGAAUUCCUCAACGAACCUCUGCAAUGGUGCGAUGUGAAGUUUGAGAAUCUCGGUCUUUCCGCCAAUUAUCCAAAGAGGUUUGUCAUUAUAUAGUUUUAUUUUUAUUGGUUCAGGUUUGUUGUUAUGGACGCGGAUAUGUUAUACACGGAAUCUCGAUUAAAUCAGAUAUUGACCUCCAGAAAAUGUGAGACGGACAAGGAUUGCGAGUACUUUGAUUGUCAUGCCAGUUGCAUUAAUUCGACUGGAAUGUGUUCGACCAGAGUCAAUGACAAUAUUGAUGUGAGUGAAGUGUCCAUUAGAGAUUAGAUUAAUGUUUUGCCAUCUAAAAUGCAUGCCUUUCAGGUGUUUUGCGACAAAUUGGUGGGUCGUUUGUUCGGCACCUACUGGUCCAAAUCGAAUCAUUAUCUGUCGGCCUGCCAUGACAAAUCUGGAAACCGAACGAAGAGAUUGGACGACCUGAGAUUGGUCUGGUCCUGGAGUUUAUCUGACGUCUGA